GAUUAGCUCUUUUGGCUUUUGCUUUUACGAUCGUGUAUCCCACGUCUUCAUGUAUUUUGGAGUGAUUAAAUCGUUAAUACAUACAUUUAAAGCAUUUUUAUCAAAGUGAAAAGGAAUAUACCAAAAUGCAAGGACCAGCAGUAUUUAUGGAUAUAUCCCUUGAGGAUCAAGCUCUAGAGGUAAGGAAGUAUUUUAAGAACCUUGGUGCAGAAAUUUCGGAAGAAAAGUCUCCUAAAGGUAUAGAGGAUGAUCUACACAAAAUCACUGGUGUUUGUGAUAUUUGUUUUAAAGAAAACAAUGAGGCAGAUAUUGAAGCAGUUCUAAACAGUAUUGUGUCUAUAAUGGUAUCUAUACCAUUAGAACGUGGUGAGAAUCUUAUUGUGGCAUUUAGUCAGAGAUUAGGUAAAGCUCCAGAACCUAAACUUGGAUUAAUUUCAUUACAAGCUCUGUGGCGCUUAUAUAAUAAUUUGGAGCCCAAUUCUCCUCUCCGGUACCAUGUUUAUUACCAUGUAAUAGAACUUGCAGCACGAAUUGGUGCAGUGGGAGAUGUCUUCAAAGGAGUUGAACAACUCAAAAAGGAGUUUGCGUCUUGCCCACCAACCAGUGAGCAAAUGCAAAAGCUGUAUAGAUUAUUGCAUCAAGUCUUGAAAGAUAAUAACAGUGAACUGGCCUCAAAAGUUAUGAUUGAGUUGUUAGGCACUUACACAGAUGAGAACGCUUCGUAUGCAAGAGAAGAUGCCAUAAAAUGUAUAGUAACUGCUUUGGCAGACCCCAACACAUUCCUUUUGGAUCCGUUACUAGAGCUCAAACCAGUACGUUUUUUGGAAGGAGAAGUUAUUCAUGAUUUACUGUCCAUUUUCGUCUCAGAAAAACUGUCAAGUUACCAAAAGUUUUACGAAAAUCACAAGGAAUUUAUACAUUCCCAAGGCCUAAAUCAUGAGCAGAACAUCAAAAAGAUGAGAAUAUUAUCAUUCAUGCAGAUCGCAGAAUCAAACCCUGAACUCUCAUUUGAUGAAAUCACUUCAGAACUGCAAAUUGACGAGAAAGAUGUAGAAGCCUUUAUUAUUGAAGUUCUGAAAACUCGCCUGGUACGCGCCCGCGUGAAUCAAGCGCAACGUAUGGUCCGCGUGUCCAGCACGAUGCAUCGUACCUUCGGCCCCGCCCAGUGGCAACAUCUGCGGGACGUUUUACACGCGUGGCGUGCCAACGUUAACCAAGCUCACGAAUCUAUGAAAUCAGUUACCACCGCGCAGGUGGAGUACGCAGCACAGCAGCAGAAAGCUUAAAUCAUAGAUAUGUUACACAUUCAACUAUCUCUAGUGGACUCAAGUCACACAGCUGUCGCUAGGUGGCGCUCAAAUCAUUUAAAAGUACUACUGUAUGAUAUAAAAGUGAAUUUAUAUUAUUAACUAAUGUUUUGAAUAAAUUAAAGCAGUCAUAGGAAAUUUAUAUCCGGGGGAUGUUUUAACCGACUUCGUAUAACACGAAGUAAGGGUUUUCCGAUCUGUAUAUAAAAAUACUUUGAAUCUAUAUUCAUUAGAGAUAGUGUUUUGUCGUAACCAAAUAGUCCAAUAAAUGUUUUGGAGUUUCAACCUGUCUUAAUUUUCAAAAUUGCCAUUGCGAUACUUACGUAUUAAACAUGGAUUUAAUUAUAAAUAUGUUCAUUUUCAUGUCACAGUGCCGCAAUGAUAAAAAUAAGUUCCACAUGUUAUUUGUAAUAGAUUGUCACAAUUUUGUAUGGAGACGUUUUCAAGGAAAUAAAAUAUGUAAUGAGUCAA